GAAAUUAAGCUUUGCAACGCUAAUGUGUAACAUACACACAUAUACACUGCGACAUGGAACAGUAUCGUGCGCCCGAGAGCACCUCCUUGUUACCGCGUUAAUCCUGUCAACUAAAACUUUCAUUCACUCUCUUGAGCCUUUGGCGCGGUAUCACCCUCUCAUUUACGUGGCAUUAAGAUUACCGAACUGAGCCGAUUUCGAUUGGCUGGAUCGAAACUGACUCCCCCAAAGGCCUACAUGAGAGACAGAAACAAUCCGUGCCAGCAUCUAGUCUCCUCCUGUCAAGUAACUACGAUAAACUGCCGUUGGCAGGCAUCGUUCAUGUAAGUGCAUACGGCUCGUUAACGGCUACCGCUUAAUCGAACUACUACUUCUCGUCUAUGUGAUGCUAUCAUCCGCAAUACAAAUCCGUUGAAAGAAGAGAUUUGUGGCUGUUUACAGUUGAUUCGCGUGCCGCGUGUGUGUGUGUUUGUGUGUGUGUGUGUGUCUGUGCGUGUGUGUGUAAAUUCAAAGCGGACUACCACAUUUUUACCGAUUGUUAUUACAGCCACUUUUACUAUUGGAAACACAGCAGCAUUGGGGCAAGAUUAUCUUUCUGUGAACGAACAUCAAAGGAAUAGGAUCAGCUUAUGUCCUGUUCGCUCUUGGUGAGCUGCUGCUGCUGCUGUUGUUGUUGUUGUUGUUGUUGUUUAUAUUGUUAUUGUUGUUGUUAUUGUUGUCGAUUCGGUGGAGUUUAAAUGUUAGCGACAGUUGUUAACAUCCAGCAACAGCCUCGUCCCGGUUGCUUUCGAACAGCACCCAGUGGCUGAUAAAAAGAGCCAAAAGUUUCCCGAGAGACCGACGAAGUUGUGUUAACUAGGGAAGUGUAGAAACAAGUGAUACAGACAACUUAUGAACUACUUACAACCACUGCUAGUUCUAGAGGAGACAUCUCUAGCUUUGUUAUCAUCGUUGUUCCAACGGUUAUCGCCGAUAACCUAAUUCUUGAAAAUCCCAUCAGCACCUUCUGCCUUCCUCGGAGGCCGUUCGUAUACAAGCGCCCACCAUCGUGCAUGUGAUCCUUUAAUCUACAUAUUUGCUGGCUGUCGCGUGCGAAUCUGCCGCCGGUGUCUGCUAAGUAAUGCCCUGUUCGCAGGCCUCUUCUGAUCAGCACCUGUUGUUGUGUUUGCCCUGUUUGACCAGUCCUGUUGUAAAGUGAGCAGUUGACACAUGUGUGGGAGGUGCAGGAUAGCACUGCCGAAGCGACCUCUACCCACGCAUCCCACGUUCAUGUCCGCGACAAAUUCGAAAUCAGCACUUCGGGAGGUUGUGUCCUGCCCGCUCGCAGCCUGUUCGCUGUGGUCGUUGCACCUCCGGCUAAUCGUCACCGUUCUUUUAACACUAGCCGGUAGUAUGGCAGAUGCCGCUGCAACAAGACUCGUCGGAGUCAACUCUAUUAAUUCGAGCUUGGGAGUGGGGCCAAUGUCGCCAGCAUUGCUACACCGGCUGGCCUGGUUACCAGCCAUGACAGCGGUAACAGGCUCGGAAGCGGGGCAAACGGAAGAAACACAUUCGCGAAGUUCAGCUUCUAUGCUACAAAGCACUUCGAAAUUGAGAGCGUCUGGUGACGCUAGUGCAGUGCCUGUAAUACAGCAGGCGGUAAUGGAGCAGCAGAAACAUCAGCCGCAGCAGCAGCGAUUGCAGCGUUCACGUAACGAUACGACCGCUUAUGAACUGCCCGAUUCAGUCCUACUAGACUAUGUGAAAGUGCAGAUGCUGCGCGGCCUCGGGCUGUACGAAGCGCCGAGGGUGCGACGGGCCGCCCGUGACAGCGAAUACCAUCGCGUAUACGAAGAGUAUCGUAGGAGACUCGAAGAAGAUGACCUUUUGGAUGAAAGCGAAAAUGAGGACAAGGAUAGCCAGCAGGGCUCGGCAGCCGCUCUGCAGAGGCUCUACACAAUACGCGCCACGGGGCUAUCAGGCGUCAAUGCAGAAGAAAAUGGGUUUACGCACAAUGUGCAGCUCCGUGUGCCGGAAGCUGCCCGCCUCGGGUUCGUAUCGGCUAAGUUAAGACUCCGUAAGAUUCCUGCACAAUGUGCCGUGAGGGUUUACAAGAUUGAGGACGGGCUAAGAUCGCUCGUUGCUGAUCUCCAAAUGAUGACUGCAGGUUCGUCAUUGCGAAACCGCGGGGCCCAAGCUCGCCGUGUUGUGGAUCUCACAUCAUCGGUGAAGAGCUGGUUGCGGAUAAACAAUGUGAUUCAACUACAGCUGUGGGGUAGUCGACGGGGCUGUCUUCGUCAGUUGCCAACGUUCGAUGUCAUGGCGACUGAUCUGUCGUCUCGAGGUCGUUCAAAGCGAUCAGCGGACAGCAUAGGCAAUCCAACAGGUCCAUAUCAGGACAAGCUUGGAUCAUCAAAGCGGAUGUGCAAGGGCGACAAGGAUAAAGUCUGCUGUCUGCGUCUUUUGAACGUCACUAUUGCCGACCUUGGUUGGGAAGACUGGAUCGUUGAGCCGAAACACUUUCAAGCCUACUUUUGUCGAGGCCAGUGUUUUUUCAGACAUGGUCGUUUCGCGAGCUCGCACGCUGCGCUGCAAAGUAAAAUGAGCCGACUUCUCGGCCCGAAAACAGUACCGCGGCCAUGCUGCGCGCCUAAGAAGUUCAAGCCACUGCCGGUUAUGUAUCGUGACCGACAGGGAAAUACGCAUUUUGGCAGAAUACCCAAAAUGAUUGUGAAGGAGUGUGCUUGUCAUUAGAUGCAAUACGGUGACA